AUGAUCACGAGCACUAUUGAGAUUGCCGCGCCGCCCGCUAAAGUGCGAGAAAUAGUACGUACUGAAACUGCUGGAGAUCACAGCGGAGCGGGCACACUAACGCAAUUCCGGCCGCAGUUGCUCAACUUUUCGGCAUACCCUGAAUGGCACACGGAAUGGCUGAAGGAGAUUAAGCCGACGGAUGGUAAGAGGCCACAAGAUCUUGCAUCGGGAGACAAGAUCGAUGUGAACAUCGAGAACUUCAAGUUCGUCGCAGAAGUAAAGCAAACAAAGGAAAACAACGAGAGCUUGUUCUCUUGGCAAGGCCCGCCCGUGUUUACCAUUGCUGGUCUGCAUAAAUUUCAUAUCGAGCCGGCUAAUGAUGGCGCAUCUACUAUUUUUACGCAGACUGAGGAUCUCAAGGGUCUCCUUGCGUUCAUUAUGAGUCCUUCGCUGCUUGGAAAGAAGAUGCGUGCUCAUUUCGAUAUUUUCCACCAGGACCUUAAGGCCCGGGCUGAACAGGCUUAA